AAACCCAAUAUGGCGAUGAAAGGGUACAUACUCAUAGGCCUUCUUGUUCUUGUUUCCUCUUUCGCCAAUACCAUCAAUGCCAUUGCUAUCACUCCCCAUUACGGCAUUUCUACACUAAACAGGACCAGUUUUCCCAAAGGUUUCACUUUUGGUGCAGGAUCAGCUGACUAUCAGGUUGAAGGUGCAACGCCGUUUUAUGAUGGCAAAGGAGAAAGUAUGUGGGAUUAUUACACCCACAAAUACCCAGAGAAAAUAGCGGAUGGCAGUAAUGGAGAUGUAGCUAGUGAACAAUAUCAUCGCUUCAAGGAGGACUUUGGGCUUCUGAAGGAUAUGAAUGGAGAUGCAUACAGAUUCUCAAUCGCAUGGACCAGACUGAUACCAACCGGAAAGAUUAGUGAUGGUGUGAACCAGAAAGGAAUCGACCACUACAACCAGGUCAUCAAUGAACUCCUAGCCAAAGGUCUUACGCCCUAUGUGACAAUCUUCCACUGGCACGUCCCAAUAGCUUUAGAUCAUAAGUAUGGCGGUUUCUUAAGUCACCGCAUUUUGGAAGACUUCAAGGACUACGCAGAGCUUUGCUUCAAGGAGUUUGGUGAUAGGGUAAAGCAUUGGACCACCGUAAACGAGCCUCAUAUGUUCACCAAUGGUGGAUAUGCAGCAGGGGUUUUAGCACCUUUCAGAUGUUCGAGCUGGCAAAACAUGAAUUGCACCGGUGGGGAUUCAGCGACGGAGCCAUAUACCGUCGCCCACCAUCUGCUUCUUGCUCAUGCAAUUGCCGCAAACUUGUAUAAGACCAAAUAUCAGGCAAAGCAAAAAGGUGUUGUAGGGAUAACAGUUGAUAUGGAUUGGAUGGUUCCAUAUUCCAAAUCGGAGAAAGACCGUGCUGCUGCGUUACGUGCCAUUGAUUUUAGAUUUGGAUGGUUCAUGGACCCCUUGACAAAGGGUCGCUAUCCCCUCAGCAUGCGCACUCUCGUACGAAACCGAUUACCCAUGUUCACCCCAGAGCAAUCGAAGCUGGUGAAGGGAUCAUACGACUUUAUCGGAUUAAACUACUACACUGCCAAUUAUGUUUUUGAUACACCUGAAAAUAAGUCUCUGAACAAAAGCUACUUGACAGAUGGUCUUCUUACUAAAACAGGUGAGCGCGACGGGGUCCUCAUUGGUCCACAGGCUGCCUCGGAUUGGCUCUAUGUCUAUCCUAGAGGAAUUUACGAUCUUCUUGUCUACACAAAAACCAAGUACGGUGAUCCAGUAAUUUACAUCACCGAGAACGGUAAUUUUCUCAACCUUUUUCAAUUAUUGUUGCAUAAAGUCGAUGAUGAAAUAUUCUUGGAUGUCCCAUUUUAUCUGAUUAAGCUAAACUGUAAUCGUUUAUUAGGAGUCAAUGAGCACAAUAAUGCCUCAAUACCUCUUAAGGAAGCUCUUGUGGACACCCACAGAAUUGAUUAUCAUUAUAGGCACCUUGCGUAUGUUCAUAAGGCGAUUGGGGACGGCGUGAGAGUUAAAGGAUACUUCGCUUGGUCAUUCUCGGACACCUUUGAAUGGUUUUCUGGUUAUACGAUUCGGUUUGGCAUCCACUUUAUCGACUUUGAGAACGGAUUGAAAAGACACCCUAAACUUUCAGCACAAUGGUUCAAGAAUUUCCUCAAGAAAUAGAAAUGAAGAUUUUCGCAUUACGAACUGCCUAUCAAUAAAUUGAGCAUGUAUCUCUUCACUAUGAGUAUUGUACUUUUUGAAUAAUGUAAUUUUCUUUCUGUAUUGGCUGAAACGCUUGCAGAAUAAUAAAUUGCUUUGCGGAUGGUCUCCGCCUUUUAUUA